AUGGCACCAACCGUCCCCUGCUUCCGUUCCCCACGCGGCCAGUGCGCCGCCAUCACCAUCUCCUCCUCGUCCUCCUCUGGAUCCGAUCAAUCUGUUACCAACACUCUCGUCAUCCUGUCCUCGGCGACCUUCUCCACCAGCUCCGUCGUCAUCGUUCGAGACUCAUCCGCCAGCCGUGGCGGCGACGAGGCCAGGGGUGGGCAGAGGAGCGCGCCACGGCACCAGCGUCCGCCCUCGCCGGCGCCCUCCGCCGUGCCCAUACAUUCGCCAACCGCCGUCACCGCAGCUUCAUUCGCCAACGGAAGCAGACACGUGGCCACGACCACGAGCCGGCGGACGACGGCGGCGCCGCCGCACCAGUGCCCGUCGCCGUGCUCUGUUUUGUCCGUCCGCGCACCAGGCGGCGUCGUCCCAGCCCUUCCCUCCAGUGGUGGCGGCGACGGCGACGAUGACGAGGCCACCAGCCGGCCCAAGAGGAAGUACCGAAAGUGGGACACCGACGACGAGCGCAAGGUCCUCUCCACCCUGGCCGAGCUCCGCAGGGACAACUUGGGCGUGCCCCCCCAGGCCUCGGUGCUUCUCAAGAAGAUCUGCGACGACGGCGGGCUCCUUCGCCGUGGCGUGGAUGCCACAGAGCUUUCCGAUAAGGUGUCCAAGCUGAAGAAAAAGUUCAUGAAGGCCGCUGCCAAGGUAGCUGCCGGCGGCAGGCGCCUUCGCAAAUACCGCAACCAGGUGCUCUUCGAGACAUCCAUGGAGGCGUGGCCGGAUCUGCUGCCUCGCGACGUCGCGGCUGCCGUUCAGGUUCAGGUGGCCAGAGCUGCCAGACGCCGCGGAAACGACGCCAGGGCCCGCCUCUGA